GCUCCGCGGGCGCGGUGGCGGCGGCGGGCGCGGGGCUCCAGCGGCGGGGGCCGCCCCUCCGCGCCCAGGGAGCGGGGCCGCCGCCGCGGCUCCUCGUGCUGAUGCUGCUGCUGCUGCUGUCGAUGCUGCUGCUGAUGCUGAGAUUACAACAGAUAUGACUGAAUACAUGAAUAGUCUGGGAUAGCCCAAAGGAGGGACAGGAUGUCACAAUAACGUACAAAACAUUUGGGAGGGCAAGGCCAGCAAACCAUGCAGUCAUCAGGGCACAGGUUCCGGGAUGUCGAGCACCACCCUCUUCUCGGCGACAAUGAGAGCUACGACUCCUCGUCCUCGGAGGCCGACAUGGCAGAGAGGGUCUGGUUCAUCAGGGAUGGCUGUGGGAUGGUCUGUGCCAUCAUGACCUGGCUCCUGGUUGUCUAUGCAGACUUUGUAGUGACUUUUGUCAUGUUGCUGCCUUCCAAAGACUUUUGGUACUCAGUGAUCAACGGGGUUCUCUUUAACUGCUUGGCAGUGCUCGCUUUGUCGUCACACCUGAGGACUAUGCUGACGGAUCCAGGGGCUGUGCCCAAAGGAAAUGCCACUAAAGAAUACAUGGAUAAUUUGCAACUGAAACCAGGAGAAGUGAUCUACAAAUGUCCCAAGUGCUGUAGUAUCAAACCUGAGCGUGCACACCAUUGCAGUAUUUGCAAGCGCUGCAUCCGAAAGAUGGAUCAUCACUGCCCCUGGGUGAACAACUGUGUGGGGGAGAAAAACCAGAGGUUUUUUGUUCUGUUUACGAUGUACAUAGCCCUAAUUUCAGCUCAUGCUCUCGUCCUCUGCGGGUUCCAGUUCUUCUCCUGUGUCCGAGGGCAAUGGACUGAAUGCAGUGACUUCUCCCCACCUGUAACUGUGAUCCUGAUGAUCUUCUUGUGCCUUGAGGGUUUUCUGUUUCUCACUUUCACUGCAGUCAUGUUUGGCACCCAAAUCCACUCAAUAUGCAACGAUGAAACGGAGAUUGAAAGACUGAAGAGUGAAAAGCCAACAUGGGAGAGGAGACUCCGCUGGGAAGGGAUGAAGUCAGUUUUUGGGGGUCAGCCUUCACUCCUGUGGAUCAAUCCCUUUGCAGGAUUUCGGAUCAGGCGACUUCUACUGAGAGGCAAGAAAGGAGGACCCGAGUUUUCUGUUUGAGCCUAAAUAUGCUGGAACUUGCAAGAAUUCUAUAUAAUAUUUAUUUUGGGGCCAGAGAAGGCUGUCUACAUAUAAUCUGUGACCAGGUGAAACUGAUAUCAGACAUUUGCUUGUAGCAAGCAGAGUUUUCUACGUUUAUUGUCACAGACAUCUCAUUAAUUCAGAGACAGGAACUGGAUCUGUAAUGGUCUGAACAGCAAGAUAACCAGAGGAAAAGCACGUGGUCACACUAAAGAAGCCAAAUGUUGUCAUGCUACUGUAAUUUAUUUUAUGAGAUUACUUACCCAUUUUUUGUUAAACCCUUUUUAUUUGAUAAAUGUCUGGGGAAUUACCUGUGUGUUUUUAUAAGAAGUAUAUCCUUAGGUGCAGUUGUCAAUCAGAGGGAGGAGCAUUAGGGUGGAAGUUAAUCUCCAAUGAGACUUAGCCUUCUAAAUCCAGAUUUCAGGGAAUAGUGCUUUGUUCAGUUCUCAUUUUUCAGCUUGUCCUGACAAACAGAGCUGUACUCCUGUGUCCCACUCCAGGCACACAUUCCUCAUAUGCAAGUGGCUCCCAGGAGUGGUGCCCGGCACGGCACUGCAGGGCAGAGGCACUGGCACCCCCUGCCCAUUGUCUUCCCAGGCUCACUGAAGCACGGCUGUGUUUGGCACUGUUCAUCUCCUCUGGCACUUUGGGAACUGCCAAAUCUUCACUAAACAACACUUGUAAUUCCUGGCUGUGGUCCAAACCCUGCCCCAAAUCCUUAAUGCAUUGAUUCCAGGGGAACUGGAUGUGGAUAGUUUGUGUCUAGGCCUGUGCAGGGAUGAGUGGGACCAGUGACUGUGUCCUGCUGUGUGAGAUUAAAAGAAUGUCCUGCAGAUGGAGGGAAUUCACUGAAAAGAGUUGGCUUUGUAUGGUCUUGUUCUGCCCCUUCUUUAUUGUACAGAUUUUUCCUAGAAGGAAAGCUGUUAAUGAUCCCUUGGACAAAGACAUCAGGGAAACGAGUGGUGUUGCCUCUUUCUCAAGUGCAACACAUCUUAAAUGUAGAAACAUCUGCAACAGAACAAAUUAUUUUGAAUUGAUAACCAUGUCCAACCAAAACUACUCUGAGGAAAUGAGAGCAAUGUAGAUCUAAAACUGCUUUAUGUGGGCCUGACAAACAACAGUAGUGCUAAGAAAUGUUCAUAAAUCUGCAAGUAAUGAAAUACAAACUGCAAGUAAUGAAAUUCAGCUAAAAGUGGAUUCUUUAAAAAUUACAUUUAGACUAUUUUUUUUGUAUUACUGUUAAUCUAUAAACACUGACAAUAUAAAGGAUAAAGCAGGAGCCUUGAUGCAUAGCUUGAAAUCGUGCCUAGAAAGUAAAUAGCUCCCUGUUUUGGGACUUGCCUUAAAAUUGUCCUGUUCUUGCUUUUGCUCAGCCAGUAGCACUGAUGACCUGUCCCACCUCCAGCAGUUCCACCUGCUGAAGAAUCUUGCAUUACAAUGUUUAUGCACUGCACAAGCUGUACUUUCUUUUUUCAGUGACCUACUUCUCCAUCUCUUUGUAAACAGUUUGUGGCAGCUUGAUUCAGCUUCGUCAGGUUUUAUACUACUGGGUGGGUGAAAUUCCUGAGGGAUCCAUGGAUUAUCUACGGCCCUGUGAACAAAACUGUGCAAUACUAUGGAAUAUGUUCACUUUGCUGGGGGGGAGGAUGGUGUGUGAUGCUGGAGAGUUCCUAGGUGGAAAUCCACUGAAAUUGCAGUCAAACGAACAAAAGUGUCUCAUGUAGCUGAGGGGAAAGCUGGAAGUGCCACAAAAAUCUGUGCAUAUUCAGUUGCACACCUUAAAAGUUUUGGGGGGGGGGGGAAUAUGUCUGGCUUUAUCAUGAGGCUCUUAAUGUGUAUAUUGUUUAAUGAUGGAAAUCAGAAAAUAUCACUCCAAGCGGUUAAACCCUGUGACUUAGCAAGUGUGUGUGUGUGUGAAAUCCGGGUUACUUGGCUUUUCAAACCCUUCUGUUGUAAUUUUUUUAAUGUUAAAAAAAAAUAAACUAAUGAAUUGAAGUCUUAGUUGAUUAACUUCUCUAUAUGUCACUUUUUUUUGCACAUCUAUGUUCGUAUUUGUGUGUAUUUAGGCUGAACAACUUCAGGGUAAUUGUCUUGCAUCUUUUGGCUUGUGAUUUGUAUUUGUUUAUAUCAAGUGACAGGUGAUAUUGCUGCAAAUUGAAGAUGCUCCUCUGCUUAUUAAGGGGAUUAAGCUGCACUUGGGCAUUUCCUUUCCUGCAUCCUUGUUAUAGAACCCUGGAACGGUUUGGGUUGGAAGGAACCUUAAAGAUCAUCUUGUUCCAUCCCUGUUUAUCUGAGGACAGUGGGAAAACAUGUGAAAACAUAGCAUGGUGUUUCAGGCUUUGCACUUCCAAGGUAUUUGUGUAAAAUACAGCUUUGGGUUCCCCGGUUUCUCUGUGCAAAUGUUGGCUUUUUACACUGGUUCUGCAGCUUGAGGUGCAGGUUAGAGAGGAGCAAUUCACAAGUGACCACCCCAACAAGGGUGAGGAGGAGCAAGGUUUCCAACAGGGAAGGAUGGAGAGACUGGAAACAGUUUAUUUCCCAUUUGCAGUAAUUCUAAAAAAUACUUUGAUAUGUUUUCUGGGUCUAAUAUCACACUUUUCUACACUGCUGUUUCUAUGGAGAAAACAGCUCCAAAGACAUGAACACAGACUUUGUGCCAGUGCUGCUUGUGAUUUGAUGAUGUUUGUGUGCCACAACAGUCGGGCUGGGCUGUGUUUACGUAUAUUUUAGGGAAGAGCUUGUUUACUCUCCAAAGGGAACAGACGUCUCUGCAGAUGGACCCUGCCAAUUUAUCUCUCUUUAUUUUCUUGUUUAAUUUCUAGUUGUAAUGUCAAUAUUGUUUCGUGAACCCUGGGCAAGCAGCAAUUCAUUUCUGGGCUAUGUUAUGCCCUGCUGUGCACAAAUGUUGUGUUUCUACAGUUGUUCUCAUUUCUUUCUGUUGGUACCAUGGUCAUAUGUGAAUGUAUUUAAUGCUACUGGAGAAGGAAAGUGGCUUAAGGGGUUUUGGAAUACAGAAACUGGACUGUAAAAUGAUGAUGGAAUAUGUUAAUAACACUAAAAUGAAGUGCA